AUGGUCCUGCGUCAUUUUGUGUCUCUGUUACUGUCAACGUAUUUGAUAGCAGCAGAUGAAUAUGAAUAUACAGUAAUUGUGCCGGCAGGGAAGACGGAGUGUUACGGUUUUACGAUUGCUGAUGAAAAAUAUCAGUCAUUUGAAGUUGAAUUUCAGGUUACUGCGGGUGGUGGACUUGACAUUACAUUUUCUAUUACAUCACCGAAAGGACUACGUCUGAUCAAUGAUUUGAAACAUACUGAUGGGACACACAAGAUUGAUUUGAGUAUGUCUAGUGCCGGUUAUGGAGACUAUUUAUUUUGUUUUGAUAAUACAUUCAGCAUUCAGUCGGACAAGCGGGUUUUUUUCGAAUUAUUUCUUUUGGAUGCGCAGGAUCACUUUCUUGGAGGUUUUGAUCAACAGAUCAACGUUGGGACAGAAGUUUUACGUACACUGGAUAUACGUGUUAACCACUUUCAGAAUGUGACAAUGAAUGUUAAGAAUAAUUUAAAUACCAUCGAAAGGUUGCAAAGACAAUAUGCAAGUAUAGAACUGGCUGAUCGAACUGCCAUUGAACGCAGUUAUGAAAUGGUAAAUUUCUGGAGCGUGUUGCACUUGGUCAUCAUGCUUUUUGCCUUCUUUGUACAGGUGUACAUGGUGCGUUGUCUUUUUGAAGAAAACUCAAGGAUUGGUCUGAUCCUACGAAAAGGUCGCUUGAACAAUUCUUUUACUUAA